CGUGUUAAAUAUUUAAUUAGUUUCUUUGGUUUGAAAUACUUUCAAUUUUUUGAUCAGAAAGAAUUUAAAUUUUUUUCGCAAUAUGGGAAAAAUUUCUCUUUUUGAAAAUGAAUCCGCCUCAGAAGAUGAAUUGGAGGUCAAAUUUAAUCCAGAAUAUGCAAAGUCUUAUAACAAAUUAAGGCAGAAAGAGUUGCUUAAGAAAUUAAAAGAUGAAGAUUCAGAUAGCGAUUCCGAAGAGUCUGAUUCUAGCGAGGACGAAGAAGACAUAGAUCCUGAAUUUGAUAAGGAAUUUUUUAAAACGCUGUCAUCAUUAAAAAGUAAAGAUCCAAAAAUUUAUGACAAGGAAACAAAGUUUUUUAGUGAAUUAAAAAGUGACCAAGGUUUAGAAGAUUCAAAAAGCAAGAAAUUGAAACCGUUAAUGAUAAAGGAUUAUGAAAGAAAAAUAAUAUUGGAAAAGGGUGGGAAAUUCGAAGAUGAUGAAUCUGAAGGAGAAACAAAAGUUGAGCGACCGCUGUCACCAAGUUACGUAGAAGAGCAAAAAAAAAUUAAAGCACAAAUUUCUAAAGUUUUGAACGAAAGUGACGAAGAAAAUGAAGAUUUUGGAAUGAUUUUUAAGAAAAGGAUUAAGUCUAAAGAGGAGAAGGAUAAAGAAGAUGAAGAAUAUAUACAGUGGCUGGCUGGUCAAAAAGACGAUGUUGAAGAGUCUACAAAGAAAAGUUUAAGACCUCUUAAACAGUUCUGGGACAAUCCUGAGCUUCCAAAAAACGAAAAAUUUUUAAGAGAUUAUGUUUUAAAUAAAGGAUACAUUGAUACAGAUAUUCAUGAAAUACCGACUUAUGAAGAAAUUGUUGGUGAUGCAAAUUUAAGUGAAGAUGAAAAAGAAUUGGAGAAACAAGCAGAAUUUGAGCAGAAAUAUAAUUUUCGUUUUGAAGAACCUGAUCAAGAGUUUAUAAAAAGAUAUCCCCGUACAAUUGAGAACUCUGUGCGUAGAUCUGAUGAUAGUCGCAAAAGAAAAAGGAAUGAAGCUAAGGAAAGAAAAUUAAAAGAAAAAGCUGAUAAAAUGAAAGAAUUAGAGAUUUUGAAAGAAAUGAAACGAAAGGAAAUUGAAGAUAAAAUAAAUAAACUAAAGGAAGUCACGGGUAAUGAAAAUUUAGCAUUCGAAGAAAAUGAAUUGGAAAGUGAUUUUGAUCCGGAAACACAUGAUAAAAGAAUGAAGGAAAUAUUCAACGAAGAAUAUUAUCAAGUUGAUGAAGGGGAAGAAAAGCCAAGUUGUCCUGAUUUAGAGGAGUUGAAAAUCGAAGAUUGGGAUAAUUUUGAUCCAAAAAAAGAAGAUGAGGAUGACGAAGAUAAUUAUGAAUUGCAUUGUGAAGAUGAAAAUUUUAACAUGGAUUGCGACUAUGAUCCGAACUCGAAGGAAAAACUGCAAAAAGAGCUAAUAGAAAAUAUCAAAGGCAAACGUAAACGUAGACGUAGAAAUAAAUUUAUGGAAAUGAUAAAAGAAGAAAAACCUGUUUUCGAUCCAAAAGAUGAAAAAACUUACGCUCAAUAUAUAGAUGAAUAUUAUAAAAUGGAUUGUGAAGAUUUUAUUGGAGAUAUGCCCUGUCGCUUCAAAUAUGUAGAAUGUGAACCAAAUGAUUUUGGCUUGACAAUCGAAGAAAUUUUAUUAGCUAAAAACAAAGAACUGAAUCAAUGGGCAAGCCUCAAAAAAGCUGUUCAAAUUAGACCAUCCCAUAUAGAUAAAAAGGAGCGACGUUUAUAUCAAAUGAAGGCUCAAAAUGAAGCAUUAAAACGAAAAAUAUUUACAAGUCUAUAUGGAGAACCAUCUGAUGAAGAAAAUGAUCAGCAAGAGGAAAUUGCGGAUUCAAAUAAUAAGGAUGCAAAUGGCUUAUGUGAUACUACUAAAGAAAAGAAAAAAAAGAAAAAGAAGAAAAAGAAAUCCUUGUCAGGGGCUAAUACUGAAGUUAGUAAAAUAGAAAACAAAGUUGCAAAAAUCAAUGAACCAGAAGUUUCAAAUAAAACAUCGAAAUCGUCAACAAAUUGUACAAAUAUGCGAAAUGAUCAUGAAAAUCCCGGUAAUCUUGUUAAAACAACUGAAACUGAAAAAGGUAAACCGGUUGAAAAUCUAAUGCAACAAUCAGAAGAUAAACCAUUAAAAAAGGGAAAAAAUAAAAUAUUAAAUAUAUCUAAAUCAAAAAAUAGCAAACAAGCUGAACAAGGAAUUUCGCAAAAGUCUAAAAAUAUCAAAAAAAGUAAUUUCAAAACGAAAAAUCAAAAUAAUAAUAGCAAAAUUAGCGAUGAACGUUUAAAAGCUUAUGGUUUGAAUCCAAAAAAAUUCUAUAAAAAAAUACAAUUUGCUAACAAACAAAACAAAAAUUGUAGCGAAAAUGCAAAAACUAAUAAGAAUAAACGCAAAAAUCCUUUUACGUAAACUUCAAGUGUUUAAUUGUAAAUGCAAAUAGUUCCGUUAUUGAUUUUCUCUUUGAGUAGAAAGCAUAAAUGUAGGAAAUCCCAUAUAGGCUAUAAAUAUGCUUUGAAUAGAAAGCAUACGAGUAUAAGAAAGAUAAAACUUUUCCCUUUACUAAAAGCAAAAGCUUGUAGGGUAAAUUUAAUUUAAUCGCAAAUAAGUCAAUUUUAACGCAGUGCUAUCUCUGAAACGAUUGCACUUUAAAUACUGUACUGAUUAAUUAAACUUUUUC